AUGGGACGCGAUCUUGAACGCGAGGUCUUCGGUGGUUCAGAGUCUGAGCUUUCCUCCGACGAGGACGAGGAGAUCCAGCAGCAGCAGCAGCAACAACAACAACAACCACAACAGCAACAGCAGGCGCCAAAGCCUCGUGCGCCAAAACCCCGCGAAGAGUACGACUCGUCUGGUGGCGAUUCAGAGGACGACUAUGUCCAGGAGAGACCAGGCGCCGGCAAGACCAAAAAGCGCACCGCGAAGAAAGCACGCGCAGAUGGCGGGGAGCCCAAAGCACUCCAGCGAAAGCGAAAGCGAAAACAGCCCGUCGAGGUCGACCUGAGCGAGCUGCCGCCACAACAAGCGAGCAAGCUCCGGCUCGACAUGCGCAUCGACGAGAUCCUAAAACCGAAAAAGGCGAAUAGGCCACGGAAGAAGAAGACCAACGAUGAGGUCUUGGAUAGUUUCGCGGACGACGAGGUCGCGAGGCUGCGGGAGACGAUGAGCAACGCGGCGGAGGAAGACAUCCGCUCAAACCAGGAGAAGCAGCCCGCGACGGCCAAGCUGAAGCUACUGCCUGAAGCGAUGGAGACGCUGAGAAAAGCAUCCCUAGCCCAAUCCAUGAUUGACAACAACCUCCUCGAAGCCGUACGGCGCUGGCUCGAGCCCCUCCCCGACCGCUCCCUCCCCGCACUCACCAUCCAGCGCGAGCUCUUCGCCACCAUCCGCAAGAUGGAGUUCAUCGACUCCUCCGUCCUCAAAGAGUCCGGGCUCGGCCGCAUCGUCCUCUUCUACACCAAAUGCAAGCGCGUCACCCCCGAUAUCGCGCGUACGGCGAACGACCUCGUCUCGGUGUGGUCUAGGCCCAUCAUCAAGCGCUCGGCGUCGUACCGCGAUAGGAUCGUUCCCGUAGCGCAGGAUGGGGGCGACGGGGUGGACCUGAGGGCGGGGGAGAGGCUGAAUGCGAUUCUGGCGAGGGCAAAGGAGGAGGAGAGGGGGAGAGUGAGGAAGAAUGCGGUGAGCAUACCGCAGAGGGAGCUGGGGAGCUAUACGGUGGCGCCCAAGGCGAAUGCUGGGUUUGGGAGGAGCAAUGUUAGUGUGGAGGUUGAUACGGAGAGGAGGAGGAAGAACCAUGAGAGGAUUAGGUCGUUGACUAGGAAGGUUAAUGUGAAGUAG